AUGGAAACUAAAGUUAUCGAAUUAAUAACGUAUACACGCGACAAUGCUGUCCUAGGUACCCGUCAAUAUUUUAUGAGUACAUCGGAUCAUGAAAAACAUAUUAUUAGAAUUCAAGAAGAAAUUUGUUCGAGAAAAUCCGAUGAACGAUUAAGUUUACAUAAACGGAUUUAUGAGAGUAAUACUAUUCGUAAUUCACCAUAUAAACAAAAUUCGAAUGUUUAUAAGUCAGUUGAUCUCCAUUUAUUAAAUAAAAUUUUAUCAAUUAAUUUAGAAAAAAUGGAAAUAAGUGUACAACCUGGAUUAAUAUUUCAAGAUCUUGUUGAUGUAUGUAUUAAAUAUAAAGUUAUGCCUUUAAUUGUUGUAGAGUUUCCUGGUAUUACGAUUGGUGGAUCGGUACAAGGUGGUGGUCUAGAAAGUUCAAGUUUUAAACAUGGAUGGGUAAUUGAUACCGUUUUGAAGAUGGAUGUGAUCACGGGUGAUGGACAAUUAUACAAGUGUAGUCCCACUCAAUAUAACGAUUUAUUCUAUGGUGUAUCAGCUAGCUUCAAUACAUUAGGUAUAAUUACACAGGUCACACUUCAGUUACAGCCAGCAUUCAAUUAUGUUAAUCUUUCCUAUUCUCAUUUUGAAAAUUGUGAUCAAGCUUUAAAAGAAAUUGAGAACAUAUGUACAAGCGAUGAACAACCAAAUUAUUUAGAAGGAAUAAUUUUUAAACAUAAUUCUAUAAUGAUCGUCAAGGGUUAUCAUACAAAUAUUGUACAAUAUCCAUUGUUAAGCUUUGGAAAAUAUUAUAACGAAUGGUAUUAUAAAGUGAUACAAAAAUUAACUUCAAAAUCAGAUAACAUAUCAUCUAUUCAUCAUUGUGUCUCCUAUUGUGAUUAUGUAUUUCGUUAUAAUUAUGGAGCAUUUUGGAUGGCAUCAACUCUUUUAGAUCAUAUACCAUUAGGAGAAACCAAACUAUUUCAGUUUCUAUUUGGUUCACUAUUAACAACCAAAAACUUAUUUCGAACCCUUCAUUAUGAUGAUAAAAUGUUUUUGAAGUUAUCAAAAUAUAAAGUUGUCCAAGAUAUUCAGACAUCGUUUAGUUGUGCAAAAAUAUGUUUAAAUUAUGUUCAGAAUGACAUGGCAAUCUAUCCAAUAUGGCUAUGUCCAAUUAAAUGUACAAAAACGCCACAGUUUUUAGCCUCACAUUAUUCGCUCGAUCACGAUUUUAUGCUAAAUAUAGGAAUCUAUGGUCGACCACUAAAGUUUCCAUAUAAUCCUGGUGAACUUCAUAAAAAACUUAUUGAAUUAAUGAUUGAUACAAAUUCAAGAUCAGGAUUUUAUGCACAAUGUUGGCAUACAAAAGAUCAAUUUCAAAGACUUUUAGGUGAAAAUUUAGAAAAAUGUGAACAAAUUAAAGUGAAAUAUAAUUCACAAAAUAAAUUUUUUAAUUUAUUCGAUAAAGUGACAUUGAAUGAAGCGGAAAGAGAACAAUUAGCACAAACAGUUGAAAACUUGAACGAUGAAAAACAGUUAAUAAUGAAAAACUUUGUACAGUUAUUCAAAGCACAGUGUGUAAAACUACCAUAA